AACGAAAACAGGAUUUGUUAUCGAUAUAUUUCUGUAUCUUUAAGUUUUGUUAUCUCGCAUAAAAAUAAUAUAUAUAUUCUACAACUACCUUAAAGGACAAUAGUUUUGAAGGGAGAGUUAUUCGAUCAUCCACAAUGAUUAUGCUAAAUAUUAUGGCCUUGAUGGCCGUUAUGGUAGGAAACGUAUUUUGUGACUGCUACGGAGAGGGCAGUGGUAUCCAUCAUAUUAUCAAUUGCACAGGGACGUUUUAUGGAGGUGGUGGUGGCAUGUACUAUUUCACCAAUGGACCCAAAAGAUUUAUUGCGGGUGGUGGUGGCUCCUACUAUGGAGAUGCUGGUGCGGAUGAAUUUAUUGCUGGAGAAUCAGGUGAUUAUCAUUUUGGUGCUGUCAGAUCAAAUCAUCUCAGAGGAAAAGGAGUUGUACAAGGAGGUUCUGGAGGUGUUUACUAUUUACCUCAUGGGUAUGGAACGGUGUAUAAGGCUACUGGUGGCGUUUAUUAUGGAGAUUCUGGCGGAAGAGGAAUGAGUGAAAGUAAUGGGGGUACUUUCAUUGUUCGAGCUUCUGAUAAAGAGGAUAGUUAAGAUCUAGUUUAUGAAAUUCAUUAUUUCUUCGAUAUUAUAGGAGAAAAAUAUUUAAAUAUAAUAUUCCUUGUGCUCA